AGGCCUCGCCAUGGUACACCACGUGCAGGUGACCGCGGCUCUGCCGGCAUCGCAUACCGCUGCACGAGCUGCUAAGGAGCACAAGAAGUCAUCGGAAGUGGCCCUGAGUUACAAAACCUUUCUCUGAACCAAACCAGUGCUUGACUGAGCGCAAAGCUGCUGCUUCCACUUCCUCUUCCUUACUCUUUGCGCUUCAUCUCGUGGAGGAGGGAAAAAGUCUUACUGAAAAGCUUCGCUGUACAGAAGACAGCGAAUACCACAUUUAAAGGUUUCAUACAGGAUACCACGGCACAGAUGGGCCUCCAGAGCACCAAACACUCCAAAGUCAAACAAGCUAAUAUACUGAUGUUAGGACUUGAUUCUGCUGGAAAAUCUACGUUGUUGUACAAGUUCAAGUAUAAUGAAGAUUUUCUAACAAUUCCAACAAUUGGCUUUAAUGUUGAUAUGAUUGAAACCGGCAAAGAUUUUACGUUGACAAUUUGGGAUGUUGGAGGACAACAAAAAAUGAGACAGCUUUGGUGCAACUUCCUGGAAAACGCAGAAGGAAUCAUGUAUGUUGUGGACAGCUCUGAUAAGCAACGUCUAGAAGAAUCAAAGAAAGAAUUUGAACUCAUUUUAAAGAACGAAUCUAUAAAAAACGUACCAGUUGUCGUGCUAGCAAACAAGCAGGAUUUGCCUGGAGCUUUAAAUGCUGAGGAAAUAACCAGGAGGUUCAACGUGAAGAAGCACUGCUGUGACAGAAAUUGGUACGUACAACCCUGUUGUGCAAUCACAGGAGAAGGCUUGUCAGAAGCUCUCCAAAGACUAACCGCGUUCGCAAAAAACUACAUCAGAUCAAAGGAGUUUUCUACAAGUUUUAAGGAAAAUGAAAAACUGUAAGAAUUUCUAGCAUCAAAUUUUGAUGAACAUUACUCGAAGUAUUUUGUGGGACAGACUAAAAUAUUUGCUUCUGGAGAACUC